GCGUGAGUGUGUGACACUUGUCAGUGUGUCCGUUGGUCUAUAUAUCCACCACACUGUCUUCCGCUCCAGUCUAUUGUUGCCUGAUAAAGGAUAGACAAGGACAGGACCCAGACCAACAACAACUACAGCAAUAGCAACAGAAGCGUUUUCUCAGGACAUUCAGCGGAGGUCACAGACCACCAUAACAACAACAGCUCCACUGUCCACACCAGCCCCGAAUCCAGUGCCAUGUCUGCAGGGGAGCUGGUCAGUGUGUCUGUGCGCGCGCUCGUGUGUUUGGUGGCGCUGAUCGGGAACCUGCUGGUGCUGAUUCUGUUGCCACGACAUCUGAAGGCUAAGAAGGAUAGCUUCACGCUGCGUCUGAUGCUGCACCUGGCUGUGUGUGAUGUGCUGUGUAUGCUGACGGUGCCGGUCUGGAUGUACGGGAUGCAGUACGGCUGGGACUCACUGGGCCUUCGCACCUGCCAGACAGCCUGCUACAUAGCAUUCACCUGCCUCAGCGUCAGCACUAUGGCCGUAUCACUAAUGAGUGUGCACAGGUACGUGCAGGUGUUAUACCGGCGGCAGUGGGAGCGUCUGGGUGUGCGGGGGGAGGGGAUUCUGCUGGCUAGCAUCUGGUUGGCCAGCUGCCUCUCCGCUAUCCCCUCCGUCAGUCUCUACACCCUCCUCCAUGACGACAACAACCAUGGCAACAACAACAGCAGCAGCACACUGACG